AUGGCUCAGAGUGGGCUUUGUGUGAGUGAGCUUCAGGAGAAUGAUUGGCCCAACCAGUCUGGAGUGCGUGUGCGUCGCAGUCGCACGAGAGCAAAAGUUGCGCGUCGCACGCUGGAUCGAGCGCGACUGGACGACCUAGACUGCCAUUACGUGACGUCGACUGUGGCCGCUCGCGUUAGGAUAAGAUGGGCUGCAGAUGCAAUAAAGAACUGCCGGACCGAAGAUCUUGUGUCGGUGUGUGGCGAUGCCUCGACUUAUCUCAAGUGCGAAUCCUUCAAGGCGGACUAG